AUGGAUCCACACCGAACAGGACCCCUUCGAACGGUCCAGAACCAGUCCGGAGUCAGGAAGCGACGACCCCCUCUCGCUUGCCUGCAGUGCUAUCAGCGCAAGCUGAAGUGUGGCAAGGAGUUCCCAUCGUGUAGCCGCUGCGUGAAGGCCGGACUUGCGCAUCAAUGCACCUAUCGCGGGAACUCGGCCCCUCAAGGACGCGUUAGCAACACUGUGGUUCAUCUCGACACUACAACAGACUCACCUGGGUUUAAUGCGUCCUUACAGGAUGAGUCGCAAGAGGUCUCUCGGCCAUCCCCGGGUGGCGCGGGGGAGAUCACCCAUCUGCGCCGGAGAAAGGGUGUCGUCCAAUUCUAUGGCUAUAGCUAUCACAUGAACUUCUAUCAGCAGUUUCCGGAGCUCCGAUCUUACAUCGGCGGAGUGAAAGCUAAGAACCAAAUGAUCAACAUCGCUCGAGACCAAGUAUAUCCGCCCCAGGGUGAGAGCAUCAGCCACAAUCGACUCGGCACGAACUCUGUCGGCGCAUCGUCCCUGGAAUCUCUGCUGCCAACCAAGCCAGUGGCAGACGCUUUGGUGCAGAAUUACCUUGACCGGUUCGAGACUAUGCAUCGCGCGCUGGAUCGAUCGGUUUUCCUGGCCGAGUAUGAUCGCCACUGGAACGAUCCGUUGUCAAGCGCGCCUAUUUUCCUCAUACAGCUUCUACUGAUACUUGCGACCGGUGCAAGUCUUCAUCCUGAUACCUGUCUCGCAGCGUGGAGCGAAGCAUCAAUCUAUACCCUCACAACGCAGUGGAUUGAGGCCGCAGAGUCAUGGCUCACUUCUUCCCACCACCAUGUCCCACAUUCACCCCAGGUCAUUGCGAGUCACUGCUUGCUACUGAUUGCCAAGCGAGCGAACUAUAUGCAGGGGAGCUCUUUCUGGACCAGUACGGGCGCACUGGUUCGAAUGGCAAUGGCAGCGGGCUACCACCGCGAAGUCAAUGCGGCAGCUCGGAUCGCUCCUUACGAUCAAGAGAUGCGACGUAGGCUGUGGAUCACAAUCGUCGAGCUAGACAUGCAAGCCGCUUUAGAAAGGGGGAUGCCUCCGACCAUCCGACCAGGGGAUUUUUCGACACGAAUGCCUCUGCACGUCGAUGACGGCGAGGUCCUUGAAACCCCCGAUGAUCCACAGUCGGCCACGCCACUUGACACCCUCACGGAUUGCUCGUUCCAAAAUGCCUUCUGGCAGUCUAUGCCUACCAGAUGUGCCAUCUGUACGUAUGUCAAUGGAUGUGAUGGAGACAUCGGAUUUGAGCGAGUCCAAGAACUUGGGGAGGGUUUGUACAAAGCGAUCCGCGAUAUUCCUGAGUGGAACACCACAGGAUCAGAUCUCCCUCGGCGGAGAACAGCAAUGUAUUUGAGAACCAUGCUCAAGAUCUACUUGUGCCAGUACUCCCUCCUGCUGUAUACGAAGUUCACUUGCCAGUCGCCGGACUCUUUCCAGUCGUCGAUAUGUCGUCGUGCUCGUCUAGAGGCCAGUACGACGAUUGUGGAGUGUUAUAGGAAGCUCAUCGUGGAUGAAAUUCUGGAGAGACAUGCUUGCCGGACUGGGCUGAUGGUUGCGGCCUUGAAUAUCUGUCAUGAGAUCUACCUCUCUUAUGGUCCUGGUGAAGCCAUCUCGAUGAUCACAAAUCUCGGAGUCUCGCAACAUCUCCUAGACGCCCUCGAGCAGGUGCUCAGCAUUCUCGAAAGGAGAAUAAAAAGGACAAUGCAUGGACUCAAUGAGUAUUACGUCCUGAGCAUGAUCAUUGGUCUAGUCAAAGCCAAAUUGUCUCCCGAAACCAGAGUGGUCAGUGACAAGGAAGCCGCGCAUCGAGCGACUAUAGUCUGCACCUUUUUACAAGAAGCCCGCGCUUCCUUACUAGCAGCCGAUCAGCCUACGUAUCCUGUUGAGACACAAUUGGCGUCGGGUGCACAGCCACUCGCUGCCACGCUAAACGAUGUCACCGAGGCUUUGGGAUUUGGGCUCCCUGAUACCCCUGGAUUCGGCGAAGAUGACUUUUCGGUCGAUUUUUUUCUCCAAGAUCCCUCUUCAUUCUUCCAGUGAGGCAAAUGGCAUCCGUCUUUCAGAAUAGUUAUACGAGCGGGGAAGUACAUAUGGCAGGAAUAACUGGGCCACUUCCGACAGGGAGACUCAGUGCGGACCCAACGCCUCAGGGUAUCCACUUGCCUCGCCGCCAUUAUCUCUGCACGCUUUCUGAGUGAUGAUGAGUCGAUAAUCUUACAGCCGACUCGAUUCUCCUUCUGCCGUGGAACAUAGCAUACAGGUCUCUACAGAUCUGACUCUAUGAACGGAUCAUAUCUGAUUAGCUGCCGG